AUGCGUAUUGUUAUUGGUGAAAUUGCUAUUUUCACACCGGCUUACUUUUUAAUUUGCAAAGAAGAAAGUGUUAACUUAUUUGGUCUUGAGACCUGCACAGAGCACCGUGCUAACAAAGGCGCGGCGUGCAUAAAUGAAGGUUGUUGGAAAGACUGCGCGAGAAACUACCAUGGACAUUAUGUCAAGAAUGCUUAUUGUACUGGCGUUUACCCCUUCACAAAAGUCUAUUGUGUCUGCGACGUCUGUGAUGAGUAG